UUUCACUUUAAAAAAAAAAAAAGAUAGCCUAUCAAAAGUAAUUUAUACAUUCUGCAAUUGUUUGCCCCAAAGGUGUUAUGCCCCAGACAGGGCACCCUCUUUUACCCUAGUGGCAGUGAGCCUUCAUGAACAAUUUUACAUUUUGUUCCGACACCCUUAUAAUUUCCCUGAAUACCACAGUGCAUCGUCUUGUACAUGCUAAACUCGCCAAAUCUGGUCGUUUAAUAAUAACUGCAUAUUAAAGGUGCGUUUACCCCACUACCAGUGGAGUUUUGUUAAUAUGAACAGCAUUCACGCAUUUUCUACUCUGCGCGGUAGCCUGCACGGGCCUAACACAGCCUAGAAAUCGUUUUUAAAAUACUGACACGUUCACAGUGACUCAUUAGUGACAAGUUUACAGGAUGAGGAGGUCGUAGUCUCUUCAUGCUAAUUUUACCGGACGACCGAGGCGGAGCUUGAACCAUCAAGUAGCCGACUUCCCGCGGCAGCCCACGAGUCCCGGAGCGAGUCCACGGCGCAGCGAACCAUGCGAUACACUGGAUUAUUUAUAUCACUGCUUUCUUUUGUUCAUACGUGGGAGAGCCUCGAGGCGGCUUUGCCUCAUGUGAUGCGCUACGAUGUGGUCCGGCUCCGACCUCAGGCACUGAACGAGCGCGCGAGGAGGAGCGCCUCUCCUCUCGAGAUAUAUCCUGAACGACUUGAAUAUGAUUUGGCGGUAGACGGGAGGAACUUAACAAUUUCUUUGCACAAAAACAGAGAGCUUUUAGGAAAACAUUACACCCUCUCACAUUAUACCAAAGAUGGGAUUUCAGAGACAAAGUCUUCAGACAAUAUUGAUCACUGCUACUAUCAGGGACAUGUCCAUAAUUUUGAGGAAUCUUCAGUCAGUGUUGGGCUUUGCUCUGGCAUGGAAGGGUUUCUGCGAGUCAAAAAUCAAGUUUACUUGAUUGAGCCCCUAGAAGAGUCUUUGGAUGGCGAUCAUGCAAUUUAUAAGCAAGAGCAUUUAAGGACCAAGCAAGGGACCUUUGGAUACAUUAAUGACACAGUCUACAACUUUGGUCCAAAGUCUAGUGGGCUGUAUAAAGGCAAGAAUAUGAAAAAGAAAGCCCCCAGAGGAGGACAGCAUAUUGUUGAGUUGGUUUUAGUCAUUGAUCAUUCAGAGUGCAACAAGUUUGGAAGCGUUAAGAAGAUUGAAGAAAGAAUGAUGUUGGUCGCGAAUCAUGUAGACAAGCUUUACCGACCUCUAAACGUACGUGUGAGGUUGGUUGGACUUGAGCUUUGGUCUUAUAGAAACUUCAUUGAUGUCAGCAGUAUACCAAAUCAUACUCUGGAACGAUUUUUACAAUGGCGUCAAGACAACCUGCUCAAGAGGAAGAAACAUGACAAUGCGCAUUUUGUUACUGCUGUAGAUUUUGAAGGAUCAACAGUUGGGUUGGCCACAGUCAGUUCUAUGUGCUCUCCAUCCUCUGGUGCUGUGAAUGAGGAUCAUAAUAAAAAUCCCAUUGCAGUGGCUUCUACCAUUGCCCACGAAAUGGGACAUAAUCUGGGCAUGUCACAUGAUAAUUCAAACUGUGCAUGCUCCUCAGACAAGGGCUGUGUUAUGUCAGACACCAUUGGGUAUGUUUACCCUGAUUCCUUUAGCACUUGCAGUCAGUCGUCCUUAAAGACGUUUUUGCAGAGCUAUGACAUCAGCUGUCUACUAGAUGUGCCGGAUGAGGGUGAACUGUAUGGAGGCCCAGUUUGUGGAAAUGCGUUUGUUGAAAAAGGCGAGGAAUGCGAUUGCGGAACAGUUGAGGAAUGUAACAAUCCGUGCUGUAAUGCCACCACUUGUCAACUGACUAAAGGAGCCCACUGUGCACAUGGAGAAUGCUGCCACAAUUGCCAGCUGAAAAAUUCAGGUAGCCUAUGCAGAAAGAGUGCUCACGACUGUGAUUUGGACGAGUACUGUACAGGAGAGUCUGCCUUCUGUCCUGAAGAUGAAUAUAAGAUGAACGGACUCCCUUGCAAUUAUAAUCAGGGCUACUGUUACAAUGGACAAUGUCCUACACAUACGGAGCACUGCAAGAUGCUGUGGGGAUCAGAUGCUGAAGUGGAUUCUGACACCUGCUUUCAACAAAACGUUUUUGACAGAACAUCCAAGAGUGCUGAGCACAUGAAGUGUGGGAAAAUAUUCUGUUACGGUGGAAAUCCUUUUCCCAUAACUAACAGAAAAUCAGAAAUAACAAUAAAAUCGAAAACCUGCUACGUAGCUGUGGAUUCCUCGCCCACAGAUGACUUAGCGAUGGUUCCAGCAGGCACCAAAUGUGGCACCAAUAAGGUGUGUUACCACAACCUUUGCCAAGACAUUAGUAUAUACGGCACUGAGGACUGCUCUGAUAAAUGCAACAAUCGUGGGGUGUGUAACCAUGAGAGGAAGUGUCACUGUGAUCCAGGCUGGGCACCGCCCUAUUGUGAUGAACAAUUCUCAGAACGUCAAAAAAGAAAAGAAUCUGUUAUAAUUGGUGUGACUGCAUCUGUAGUCCUUCUUGGAUUGAUCAUUGUUAUCGGAGCACUUGUGUGUCACAGGAACAAAAUAACAGAAUUUAGAAACAAAAGGUCUUUGAAGGGCAUCCACACUUCCUCGGGCCAGUGCAAUCCGGCAUUUCAACCAGGAAGUGCAAAGAACAGCCCCAGAUUCACACAGUCACGCAUAAGUCAACCAACUUUCCUUGAGUCAUCCACCACUGUGGCCUGCAAACCUCUCUAUUCUGUAGCUACGCCCUCUAGACCAGCACCAAUGCCUCCAAAGAAUGCACCAAAAACUAGGAAAGAAGAGAUUGUGAAGCCUUCUGUCCCACCCUCUGCUAUUUCCAGAAACAUUCAUCCUGUUCAGGCAACGCCCCUGCUUUCACCAGCUAAACCACUUCCUCCAUCACGACCGUUGCCACCACUAGCAUCUAAACCUGUGACAAAGUCACAUCCACCUCCAGUGCCUCCUGUGAAGCCCGCCGGGAUGCAGCCAGCAUUUACUCCACCUCAGGUAAUUCAAAAGGUUGCACUGAAACCUCCUGCUAAGCCCAGAUGAUCUGGAACAAUACAAGUUUCUCUGAAUCAUUGGGAGCUUCAGAAGGACCUUGGUUAACAAAACUUGGGCAGCGUUUUACUAGCUGAACAAAGCUUGUUGUUUUUUUUUUGUGGUAUAACUCCAAAGAUUUGCACUGUAGGAAUCGCUUUAUACUUUUGGUACUACUUGUUUGUAAGUCCUUUUAUUGUAUUUUGGCUUUCUUUCUUUUCUUUUUUUUGUUUAUUUAUUGUAUACUUUAAUUUUAAAGAAUGUUAUUUGCAAUGUUUACAGUCCGUUCAGAUUAUGUCUCUGUGGAAGAAUUUGUACCUUAAAGUCCACAUCACAUUGCUGAAGAGUUGAAGAGUAAAGAAAAGGUUUUUUUUUUCUAGUAAAUUAUGGUGCAUUCAUUUUUGUUCAUGCAGCUUUUAUGUAUUUGCCAUAUUAUAUUUGUAAUUGAAAUAAUUUUUCAUUAUUUUGUGUAGAAUUUCUGGUUAUUUUUUAAAUUACAAGAGCAAUAUGCAAUAUGGCCUUUCUGAAGCAUAAUCCGUCCUUACUUUAGUUAUUUGCCUUAUUUAUAAGUUUCUUACAUCUUCUUUGUUGUUUGGUUGUGAUCUUGUGAUUUUUGCACUCAAAGACAAAGGCAAAAAUUAGUUUUUUGCCCACAGUGCUUUUUUUAAUUCAAAACAUGCAAUGAUCUCAGCUGGUCUGAUUUUACCCUUUAAAUAUGAAAAUUGGGUUUUAUUUCUUAACUACAAUAAAGUUUUUAGAUUUCUCUUUUAA